AGGUGGCAGUAAGCACAUCUUUGAAGGACGAAAAAAAACCCACAGAAAGACGGAAGAGAGCGUCGUAUUAUCACUUGUAUUUAUGAGUAAAUAAUACGGGUUUAAUUCGAUCAAACAUGAAUCAGGAGAAGUAUCCACGAUCAUCCAUUGAGGAUGAUUUUAAUUAUGGCACGAACGUCGCGACGGCGAGCGUCCACAUCCGGAUGGAUUUCCUCCGCAAAGUCUACACCAUCCUGUCACUGCAGAUUAUCAUCACCACUGCUGUAUCUGCCCUUUUCAUGUUCUGUAAUCCCAUUAAAAACUUUGUGCACGAAAGUCCCGCUCUGGUAUUGAUAUCUGCUAUCGGGUCCCUUAUCCUGCUCCUUGCCUUGGCUGUGUACCGUCACCAGCACCCCAUCAAUCUUUACUUGCUGUUUGGAUUUACUCUGUUGGAAUCUCUGUCUGUAGCCACUGCGGUGACAUUUUAUGAGUACUCCAUAGUGCUCCAGGCCUUUGUGCUCACGUCUGCUGUGUUCCUGGGCCUCACUGCCUACACUUUCCAGUCUAAAAGAGACUUCAGCAAGCUCGGAGCCAGUCUGUUUGCUGGCCUGUGGAUCUUGAUCAUUGCAAGCUUUAUGAGGCUUUUCUUCUACAAUGACACAAUGGAGUUGGUCUUCGCUGGGGCUGGAGCUCUGCUGUUCUGCGGGUUCAUUAUUUUCGAUACCCACUUGCUGAUGCAUAAGCUGUCACCGGAGGAGCACGUCCUGGCAUCCAUCAAUCUGUACCUGGACAUAGUCAACUUGUUCAUCUAUAUCCUGCGCAUCCUUGACUCCAUGAAGAAACACUGAAUGUUUGAUGCUCUUCUUCACUUUCAGAGGUGAAUUCUUAGUGCAAUGCUGGGAGUGGUAUAACAAUAAUAUUCUUUAAUUUAAUGGACUCCAUGUAUAAUAAUAAUAGUAAAAAUAAUAAUAAAAUGUGUUAUUAAUUAGUAUCCAAAUUAAGCAUUUCAGAUCUCUGCAAAAAACGUUGUGGACCACAUAAUAUGAAAUAUUUAUUUGAAUAAAAGUCUUCAAAAUGCACUGAAUAGACGUCAUUAAUUUCUUUGCAUUGCAGUUCUUUGCAGUGUUCAGAAUUAAUGAAGUAUGUGUGCUAUUCUUCUAAUUGGGCAUUAACAGCAAACUCCUUGGAUUUUGAUAAAAUAUAUAUUUCCCAACCAGCUGCAUACUUUCAGCUUGCAAAGCGGUAUUUGUAAUUUAAUGGCCAAAUGUGAAUGUUACAAACCUGAUUGUACAACUUAACUUGAUCUGCUGUGUUGCUGAUUAGAUUUCUGUUUUUAGUCAACUGUAGUGUGAUCUGUAAUCCAUGGUAAUUUUUCAUAUUUAAUUGGGUGUUGUUGUGAAUCAGUGUUUAUGGAUUGCAAACAAACUGUACAUGAAGCCUGAGACAUUUUGUUUAAUAUGGAUUUGUAUAUGGGAUGUUAAUGAAUAACUUAAAAUAAAAAAAAUAUCUAGAUGCUCUUACUAAAAAAAACUCUAAUGAAAUGCAGUUUUUAAAAUGUAGUUAAACACAGUUUUAUUUGCUGCAGUUUUUGGUCUCACAAUAUAACAUUCAAUAAACAAACAAUGUUAAAGCA